AUGGGGAAUCCAGCGGGUGCCUCGGGGGUGCCUCAGCAGGCGAUUUCUUGGAAUUUCUUGGCGUAUCUCUUGACGCUUUUGUUUCUGAUCGUUCAGCAGGCGGGGCUGCUGUACUACAUGGCGAACUACGCGUUGCCUCUGUUGGCGCUGGGCGUGUUUGACGUCUUUGUAUUGCUUUCGUUUCUCUCGAACAGCAGUGCAGACUUGGCUGCGCUCAAGGGGGCGACGUGUUGGGUGCUUUACGAUUGGUCGUUGACGAUUAAGAUCGUGGUGUUCUACUUUGUGAUCUUUGGCAACGACCGAGUCAUCCAGGGAUUCCUCUUCACUGGUCCCCACGGCGGCGUCGUGGAGGUCUCACUGUUUGUUGUCUCCGCGGGGGUGGUCUACGCGCUGCUGGGCUUUCGGGCGAUGGAGCAGCUCGUCGGUGGCGUCUCCACGAUCUCCACGGAGGCGAUGCUGCUCACCGACUGCAUCACGCACGUGGUGCUGGACUUCAUCGAUCUCACGGCGGCCUUCUUCACCUACUCGGCCUGCCCAGUCGCGAUAGGGCAGGAGACUUCCUGGCUGCGUCUCGUCGUUGGGAUUGUCGUCUCGCUCGCCUUCUUUCUCCACGCCUACUCCUUUCCCUCAGUCGGCACGCGCUCGCCGCUGCUGCAGAGACAGGAGGAAGGGUUCCAUCGAGACACCGGCGACAUCUUCAUGAGCCGCAAACACGCGGCGCUCCUGGGCAUCUGCGUCGUGGAUGUGCCUCUCGCCGCCGUCAGACUCUUCACCUGGGCCUACUACCCAACCUACGAAGGGUUCUCCCCCUUCCUGUUUAAGAACAUCUGCUUCAUUCCGCUGCAGUGCAACCGGAUUCGUCACGCGUCGCUGGCGGCUCAUCUGAAGGCGAAGCGGCAGCACAAGCUCCAACUCCACUCGCGGCUCGCCGCGCAGGAGGCGACGACAACGUCCGCGACGACGUCUGCCGUCAAGCAGCAACAGCAGCAGCUGCAGAAGUCUGUCGCCGCGCUCGAGCUCAAGAACGGCUUCGCGCCUGCAGGUUGCGGCGUGAGCGCGCGGGACCUCGAGCGCCCCAGCGGCGAGAAGGCUGACCGCGGGGACUCAGGCGCAGCGCCUGCAGGCCUCGACGGCAUACCUGCCGACGCGGCCGUUCUCCAUGCCGCCGCCGGAAGGAAAGGUCGCAGUCGAGGCCGAAAAGACGAGAACGGGCGACCGGAGAGCUGCUUGCAGCGCCUGUGGUGGGGCGUUGUUGGAGGCUCAAAACUCCUGCCUGGGCAGAAGGCUGGCGCCGCCGGCCUCCUCGAUGAAAUCGACCUCGACGACGACAGCAACCACACAGACACCGAGCGCACACUCGCGAGGCUGUCUGAGUUGUGUCGCGCUGCGAGCGGCAAGACGCGCAGACUUCCUGUUCGCGGCUUCAAGUUGAAGCGCGUGAUUCAGAAGAUUUUUUUCGCCUACAAGGUCGGUGGGCGACACGGGAUGGCAGUGCUGCUGGAUAACGCGCUGAAGGUCACUUUUUGGAAAGAGUUGCGCAUCGCCAUUCCCUUCAUUGCGACGUGGAUAUGCGAGAUCGCGAUCGUCGCCUGCCUGUUCUUCUUCUACAACGAGUCGCGGAUCUUCCCGAUUCAGAUGUUUUCGCUCAAGUCGAUGGCGGAGUCCCGGUGGGCGUGGAGUCAGAUUCCGGUCGGCAUGAAGGUCUGCUUUAUCAUCACCUGCGGGCACUUCCUCAUGCUGCUGUCUUGUUGGUUUCUCUCCGCGCCGGUGCUGGACGUGCUUUUCGUUUCGUUCUUCGGCUCCCUCAAACUCCUCUCCUUCUUCCUCAUGGUCCUGACCUUUCGAGACUUCGGCGUGUUCAACAGCAUCUUCGAGCUGCAACACUACGUCGCCGACAUCGGCAAAUACGCUCUCUUCAUCUUUGCCCUCUUUCCCAUGAUCGGUGUUCUGUACACGCUCUACCCAGUCCUCUGCGUGAUGCUUGGUCGGCAGUACAUCACUUACAUCGUGCCGCCGCCGCGCGCUGGAAAAUUCCGCCGCGGUCAGACAGUUCUCGAUGCAGGGGGUCCGGGCGGCGAAGCCGAUUUCGCCCAGUUGGAGACGCAGCCCAGAGGCGACGAAGCAGGAGUUGUUGCCACCGUGUCGCUGAUGAUUUUCCUCAACUGCUGUCACAUGCUCGCGCCGAUUUCGCUGAAUCAGCUUCUCAUCGGCCCCAAUAUGAUCAAAGUUGUGAGGCUGAACGACGGCCUGCUCAGAGUUCACUGGCGGCAGCUCUUGAUGACAACGGCGCUGCGCCUCUGGUGCUUCACUCUCUACUUGACCUUUCCUAACAGCAUCACGUACAACAAAGAGCCUGGCGCCAUGGACGAUGUGCUGCUCGUAAAGGAGACGCUGAACGAGCUCGCACUCGUCGGCCGAGCAGGCAACGCGCCAGUCGAUAGUUUGGCUUUGCGGCGCGCCGAGGUUCGCGAGGUUCGCCAGUUGGUUGACAAGUACUUCGCGCAGUGUUUCCACACGUGCCCAGGAGAUUUCUUGCCGGGGUUUUUCUGA